CGGAGGGCUGGCCGCGGUUUGUGCUUUCUCUCUGUACUUCCACUGCAAACUAAGUUUUUAAAAUUAGACUUUGACCGACAGGGUCGCUGCAAAAUCCCGAUAGACUUCACAGAUGUGGAUUAUAUCUUCAGUUUUAGCCUUCCCGAACUGAAUUACAGUGAAAUAACCGGCAGCUUUUAGAGUUUUUACAGGAGAAUAACAGCAAGGGUGUGUCCGGAGACUCGGAGAAAUCAAACUUUUUUUUUUUUUUUUUUUUUUAAUGCAAGUUUAAACAUUUUGCCUUUGAAGUGUUAACGACAGAAAGAGUUUGGGAAAAUCUCAGAGCCGCCAUGCCGGGGAAUGGUGGAGUCUACGCGGUGAAGAGGAGGAAGAAGCCCGUUCAGAAAAUCCCCAAGCCUCCUCCCGUGAAGACAAACCCGUCCAAGAGACACCGGGACCGCCUCAAUGUGGAGUUGGACCGUCUCACCGGCAUGCUGCCGUUCUCUCAGGAUGUCAGAGGCCGCCUGGACAAACUGUCUGUGCUGCGGCUCAGCGUGGGAUACCUCAAGGCCAAGAGUUACUUCCACGCAGCGUUCCAGAAGAGAGCGGCUCCCCUUGUCACUACAAACGGCAGAAAUGGACACUCGGUGUCGCUGGAUGGAGUCAGCUUCUCAGAGGGAGAUCUCCUUCUCCAGGCUUUAAAUGGUUUCGUGUUGGUCGUGACCACUGACAGCACUGUGUUCUACACGUCCCCGACCAUCAAGGACUUCCUGGGCUUCCAUCAGUCCGAUGUCGUCCAUCAAAGUGUGUUCGAUCUUGUUCACAUGGAUGACAGAGAGACAUUCAAAUGUCAGCUCCACUUCGCCCUGAACCCCAACCAGUCUGACUCAGACCAGAGAGCUGAAGAUGAACAGCCAGGCAGUAAAGCGUCGAGCAGCUCGGUCAGCUUGCUACCUCAGUACAUCCCUCCAGAGAACUCUUCUUUCCUGGAACGAAGCUUCUGCUGUCGCCUUCGCUGUCUCCUCGACAACACUUCUGGAUUCCUGGCUCUAAACUUCAAUGGACGCCUGAAGUUUCUGCAUCUGCAAGGAAACACAGAGGCCGAUGGGAGAGCAGCUCCUCUCCCCCAGUUCGCUCUGUUUGCCAUCGCCACGCCUGUGCUGCCUCCUUCAGUCAUAGAGAUCCGGACCAAGACGGUCAUCUUCCAGUCCAAACACAGGAUGGACUUUGCUCCCAUGGGUAUUGACACCAGGGGGAAGCUGGUUUUAGGGUAUUCAGAGACAGAGUUGGUCACAACAGGUUCUGGCUAUCAGUUCAUCCACGCUGCUGACAUGAUGUACUGCGCCGACAACCACCUGAGGAUGAUCAAGACAGGAGACAGCGGCUUCACGUUCUUCAGGCUGCUGACAAAGACAGGACACUGGCUGUGGGUUCAGGCCAAUGCAAGAGUCGUCUUCAAGGGAGGAAGACCCGACUUCAUCAUCGCUCGUCAGAAAGCGCUCACAAAUGAGGAAGGAGAGGAACACUUGCGCCAGAGGAGACAGCAGCUCCCCUUCAACCUCGCCACCGGUGAAGGUGUUCUGUACCACACCACUUUGGACGCCUUCUCCAUGUCUGGUCCUCCUGGCCCAGGCACACCGGGCGCCACAGAGCCGCCGACAGAGAAACCUUUGGACCCCGCCUCCCUUCUUGGAUCCCUUAACCGUCAGGACCAUUCAGUUUACACCCAGCCGCCACCACAGAAUCCAAGUCCUCAGCUCCCAAUAUUAGACCAAAUAGAGGAGCUUGAGUAUGAGCAAUCAGCUUUUGACAAAGCUUUCAUGGACAGCCAUGCCUUGCUCAGUGUGCCGGGACAGACCUCCAUGAAACGUUCCUUUACAGGGGACCUCGCCACAGAAGCCAUGAUGGACUCUUUGGAACAAAUAUUGGAGGACAUUGGGGAAGGAAUGAUAGAAGGACUUGAAGUUGAGGAGACUGAGCUGAGGGAGUGGGAGAAAACUCUUUUUAGGGCAACCAAUGAGAGAGAGGAAGCUUCAAGAGACAUAAACCACAUAAACAGCAUCCUUGCCAAUGAUGUGUUCUCGUACGUUGAGGAGGCUCUGAGGACAGAGUCUUGUGGACUUUUGCCAAGCUCAGAUCCCACUGGACCUCACGUUUCUGUGAAUGGUUUAUCCAACCAAGAACAGCCUCCUGGGUCACUUUUCUCAGAUAAUGAGCAGCCGAUGGCUCACAGGACUUCUGGAUUUGCAGAUCAGGCUCUGUUUAGUGGUGCUGUUGGUUGUUCUGGACUAAAUGGUGCAUCCCAAAUUCGGUCAAACGGAGGAGCGUACACACAGUGUCGAAACAAUCCCCCGGGACACACCUCUUCACCGUGGCCUCCUAGUGGCAGCGAUCAGCACUGUGGCAACCAAAUGAUUUCAACACAGUCAUUGUUUUCAACACAGGAAUGUGCAUCAUUCCAAGCUGUUCAAUCACAGCCUGAUAUGACACAACAGUCUUGGCUGCCACCUGUGCAAAACAAUGUGCUCAAAUCUGGAUUGGAGGUGACGCACCAAAGGGUACAAUACACACUGAACCACACUGGUUCACAGCAGACAUAUGUGGGGCAACCACUUCAGAGCCCCUCGGCGUGGCAACAGCAGCUGCCGCCGCAACAUUUUCCCCAUCACACACUGACACAUUCCUCGCACACACCGCACGGUGUGAACUCAACUGCUCAGUCGUUUCAACCGCAGAUGCAGCGAUUAUCUGGCAGCUGCAUGUAUGAAAAAAGAGAAGGUCACAUACCGAACGCUGCUACUGUUCCUACCAGACAGAACAGACCUCUCCAGGGACCUGCGAGGUCCAGAGGACCCCCCACACAUGGUGCAGGGACCGCGACCGCUAACAGCCCCUUUACCCUCUCCCAUCCUUGUGUGGCAGCUGGAGCCAUGAGCCAGGGGAUGGUUCAGUCUUCAGGUUCCAACACUUUCAUGAGUGCUUGUGCUGAUGUUGGCGACAUCGAUCUGGGUCAUUUGAGUGGAGACAACGCUGCGUUGGGAACAUCUCCGUCAGAUUACCCAAAUGGAAAUGGCGCAGUGCAGUCGUCCUUCUUCUGUUGGAACGAGGAAGCUCAGCAGAUCCCAACCGUCCCCUGAACGGAGUCGUCGACCCGUUUGCCUUCCCCGCCCGUCCCACCGGGAACAUCAACCUUUCCCAAAACAGCUUGCCGCAGCCGCCUCUGCCCCAUCCUCAGAGACUCUGAGGGACUGACGCACGUGAGAGGACGAGGACUUUCCCCUUCGUGAAUACGUAUAUUUGAGUGAUUUUUGUGCGUGCUGUGGCUCACUGAAGACAAUAGACCUUCUCAUUUCAAACUGUGCUACAUUACAGACUUUGGCCGGUGAUGUAGGUUGUAAGUUUCUCCAUUUUUGACUCUUAAAUAUUUAUCAAAAAUUUCUUACCCAGUUAUUGGCCUUUACACGUGCUGUGCUGAAAGUAACCAACGAUUUUGUGAAGAAGAGAAGCUGGUCCCAACAGGAUUAAUUCUUGACUUUCUGUAUUCAAUAACAUGUUUGGACUAAAAAGGACCGCACUCAUCAAAUGGAGGACUUUCUCACGACAGCUCAACUCCCUCUGUCACAAUGUGAAUCUGGGAAUUGAUUUUUCUACAAACCGUUACCUCUGCCUUCUGUCAAUAUCCAGCCAACAUGCAGUUUCUAUUGGGUUGUUUUUGAGUGGCACCUGGAGGGCCCGCCCUUAGAUCAGGAUCAUCUUGUGUCCACUGAUGGCUCUGUCUGCACUGUUAGCGCUCAUAUCCUCAAUUUCAGAAUGCUUCUCACUGGCUCUUACUGUUGCUAGGUGACCAAACUUUGCUCAGUGCACUUCUGCUUCCCUUGGUAGUGACUUUAAGGCCUUUUUUGAGAGUUGCUCCGUAUACCAAACAUUUUCUUUUAUUAAAGUAAAAUCACCAAGGAAACAGAAAACAGUAAACAAAUCAUGUUUGGGCAAACAGCAGUUUUCGUACCUUACAAAAGACGAGUUAGAUUCUCCUCCGCCAUUGUUGUUGACAUUUUUUUUUUGCCAGAAGUCCCGCCCCUUCUUGAUUUUGAUUUGUCAUUGAGGGAAGCUCAAACACUGACACUUGACAUUGACAUUUUACAUUGGAGGUUGAGCACUGAAAAGCCAGCACACAAACCAGCAUUAGUGGACGCGGGACCUAAUUUAUUGUUCAUACAUGAAUAAUAAAGUUAACCAAUGUUCAGAUUCAGCUUUGUUUUAAAAAAGUGAACUCAAACAAAAGGGACAUUUCUCAGCUUUGAAAUGUGAAUUCAGGUCCAUCCUGAAGCAAUACUCAAAAUAUUUACAUUUAGGUUGGAAGAGUUUAUGAAUUUUUUCUCCUGUUUAGAAAAUGAAACGCCUCCAAUUUGAGUGAUGGGAGAAAUAAUCAACUGCAGAACAGAGUGAGGAUUUUUUUUUUCUGCAGAGUUCCCUGUUUCGGUUUGUUUUUGAUCAGCCUGUAAGAGUUGUCCAAGGAGCUGAGAUUGAUUCCAAAAGAUGAACACUUGAAUCAAAUCUAAAGCAUUACUCUUGUUAGAAUUCUGGACAGGUUUUUGCACGAAAUGGAGACUGUGUGUGUUUAUAGAACCCAUCAGUUACUAUCAAACUUCAUCAGGUGGGGAUCUCGGCUUCCAUUAGGAACAGGAGGAAUUUAUCCAGACAGCAAACACAGUUUCAAGGUGCUUAUGUAUGCCUGAGAGACGUUUUUUUUAAGACAAACUCUGAGAUUUAUGCCCUUUGAUUAAACUGGCUUUGUUUUAUUCAGCUGUGAACCCAAAGAAGACUGUAGACGCUCAUCUGUACCAACUCUAACGCAGCUAUGUUGGACAGGAUUGUGACUGAGACGAUUACAUUUAAACUUGCCAUUUAUCUUUAAAUUAUAAACGUUUGUUUUAAACAACAGGAUGCACCUUUAAAAAAAAGAACCCACUUUUAUUCUAAGACGGGACAAAAAGUUCAAUAAGGACGUUUUAAGUAUUGAUAUGUGUUGUGGACGGAGCACUGAGGGAAUGCUGCUUUCAAAAAAUGACAGUUUUGGAACAUGACUCUGCCUUUCAAAGAGUCCUCAAAGGUGCAAACAACCCAACAGUGACUUAAAGUAUGUUCUAAACAAUUACUGCUAAUGCAUGCCAAUCCAAGGCCUGUUCCAAAGAGGCCCAUGAAACCUGGUCAAAGGUCUUAAAAAGACAUUCAGCCGAGGAUUUAUCGACCAGUAAAAAAAAACAUCAAAAUGUGUGAAUUGUAAUGUGUUUCUCUUGUUUUCACAUGAUGUGGCAGCUGCAGUGCUCAAUGUGAACAGAUCUGAACUGGGGAGUAUGAUUCAGAAGUGUAAUCACAUACUUUAUAUUUCAGUUUAACUUUUGUAUCCAUGUCAGUUGUAACAAAGAAGAGCCUUUUUUUGUCCCUUGUGGAGUCAAAUUAUAUUCAGAAAUGUGCACAUGAAUGCAUAUUUACCUGUAGGAGGCGGCCAUAUUAUCGUGCCUGUGUAAUUAUAGGUAACGUUAUAGCUGCUUGUGUACCACAUGUAACCUUUAAGGACGAGUCUAAUUUAUUUUGCCAUUAAAGAACUGUAACCCCG